AUGUAUACAAAUCCUAAAAACUAUCCCGAAAACAAUCCAACCCAAAUUCAAACUUUAAAAAGUGAUAAAUAUAAUAUUUUAAAUAAUGAAAAAAAUGUACAACAUGUAUAAAGAGAAAGAUAAGUACUUACAAAUAUUUCUGAUUUCGGUUCUACAUUUAAAAAAUUCCCUGAAUCUCAUGAAAAAUUUUAUGGAAUGACUUCAUAUUAAUAAGCAUUUUCCCGUCCAAUAAAAGAAACUGCUAAACAAGUAAUUGAAAUUUAAGAAAAGAAAAAUAACUUUGCAGGCACAAAUGAAAGACCUUUAAAUUAAUAAUGUUCUAAAAUGACAUCAGUAUUAACUGGAGAAAAAUAUAAAAAUGAAUAAGAUCCGAAAGAUAAUACUUCCAUUUAAAGAGCUUGGCUUCCUUAUUACGAUAAGGCUCUUUAAGUUGCGGAGAAAAAUUUAUAAAUUAAUAAUUAAAUUAAUUAAUCAAAAGGUUUUUAACCUAAAGAUUAAUUGUAAACUUAUAAAACAAAUCUUAAUUAGGUAUUUAAACGUGAUAUUACUACUAGUUUGCCAAUUGGAGAUGGAGAACAUGCUAACUAAAUAAGACUUAAUAUCCCAGGAGAAUAUAGACAUUUUAGAACAGAUGUAACUUUAGUUAGAAAUAAAACUUUUACAAAGAAAUGA